UCUUCUUCAAACCCUUAUCCCUUCUCCCUCUUCAUCUAAAAUCGAAAAAAUCAAAAUCAAAAUUAAAAUUGGAAAAAAAAAGAGGAAAAUAAAAAUAAAAUGCCUGCUGCUGUUGCCUCAAAAUCUAUCACAGCCAGCCUAAUCCCUAAAUUCUAUAAUUCUCGUUACCAGAAGUUUUUAUCUUAUCCGCAAACACUAGCUCCCUUCAUCAACAACGAGAAGAAGCGGAGAAAAACCCUAACGCUAGUUUCCUCAAAAUUCUCCUCCUCAUCUGCGGAGCUCUCAGCUAUAGACGAGGAAUGGCUGAAGAAGCUCCCAGAGAAGAAGAAGCCCCUCUAUUCUCAUAGCUUGCCGUGCAUAGAGGCAUGGCUGAAGAAAUUAGGGUUUCGUCAGUCCAAAGAAGAUCGAGCUGUAUGGUUCGCUGAGAUGCCGGAGUGGCAUGCUCAGCUCUCCCUCGAUGUCACUGAUCUCUACAUUCGGUACCUGAAGAGUGGACCAGGUGACCUUGAGAAGGAUGUGGAAAGGAGAUUCAGCUAUGCAUUGAGCAGGGAAGAUAUUGAAAAUGCUAUCCUGGGAGGGCCAUAAAAUUACAAGCAUUACGUAUGUUACUUUCAGUGGGAGGAAAGAUAUUGGUUGUUUCUCAUCCUUAUGCCAUGAACAAGGAGCUUUGUUUUGUAUAUUUCAUUCUGUUGAAAAGCUUUUUGUGUAUUAGGUUGAUUUCAGUUUGCAUCUAUCAGGAACAAACUUAUGAUCAAAGCAAUCAUAUAAUGGAAUGCAAAGUAUCGAUCUCAUGCAUUAUUGAUGAUCAAAAUUGUUGUAUAUGUUGAGAGACUAGGUUUACGUCUCAAAAGUUUAAAUUGGUUUUUAUUUCA